AGCGAGUGAGCAAGCUGCGGGCGCCAGCGCGAACCGCCUCGCUGGCUCUUUUCCCCUCCCUCUGGCUCGUCCCCGGCCGCCCCAUGGAGUGCAUCGCCCGGCGGGGCCCUUCUCCUCUCCUCCUUUAGCCAAGCAGCCUCGUCCUCCACCGUCCGCUGGGCCGCCAUGGGCGACGUAAUCUCGGCUCACCUGGACGAGAACCGGCGCCAGGCCAUCACAGGGAAGACAGACAAGAUCCUCACGGAGUUUAGCCAGUUCUACCAGGAGCAAUAUGGCCUCGCCCUGUUUAACAGCGUCCGCUUUGAGAUUGAAGGGGGAACAGCUCCACAAGCCCAGCUGUUGCAUCGCAAGGUACCUCUGGAAGACCGGAUCAUCUUCUCGGGCAACCUCUUCCAAUACAUAGAAGAGAACAAAAAAUGGAGGAACCGUUUCAGCGUCGUACCCCUGAAUUACGGUCUGGUGCUGUACGAGAACAAACUGGCCUAUGAAAGAGGUCUACAGCCUCGAAUUCUCAUCAACAGUGCUGGCUACAAGAUCCUCACCUCCCUGGACCAAUAUUUGGAACUGAUCGGCAAUAACUUAACCGGUUCUCCAUCCAAGUCGAGCCACGCUUCCAUCAUCAAGUGUCCCACCCAGUUCCCCAUCAUCCUUUGGCACCCUUACGCCCGCCAUUAUUACUUUUGUGUGAUGACUGGCAAGGAGCAGGAGAAGUGGAAGGCCAUUUUUCAAGAUUGUGUGCGACACUGCAACAACGGAAUUCCAGAAGAGUCCAAAGUCGAGGCUCCUGCAUUCACCGACGCUGUGCGGAUGUAUCGCCAGUCAAAGGAGCAAUACGGCACCUGGGACAUGCUUUGUGGCAACGAAGCCCAGAUCUUGAGCAACCUGGUGAUGGAGGAGCUCCUGCCUGAGCUGAAGAAUACGAUUGGCCCCCGGCUGAAGGGCAAAGAGCAAGAGAAGCAACGGGCAUGGAUUCAGAUCUCAGACGCCGUGUAUCGGAUGGUGUGUGACCAGGCAACAGCCCAUUACGACUCCUUAGUGGCCAAAUGUGAACUUCAAAUCCCUGAAAUGAGGAGCAUCAUCCGGACAGAUAUGGAUCAGAUCAUCCAGUCCAAGGAACAUUUGGGCAACAAAAUCCGGGCCUCCGUCUUCUCCAAAGCUGAGGUCUGUGUCCGAAAUCAUGUCCAACCUUACAUCAGUUCCAUCUUGGAAGCCUUGAUGAUCCCCACCAGCCAGGGAUUUACUGAAGUCCGAGAAGUCUUUUUCAAGGACGUCACUGACAUGAACAUGAACAUUGUCAACGAAGGAGGGAUAGAGAAGCUGGGGGAGUACAUGGAUAAACUUUCUCAGCUAGCUUUCCAUCCUGUGAAGAUGCAGUCCUGCUAUGAGAAGAUGGAGCAGCUGAAGCUGGAAGGUCUCCAGCAGAGGUUUGACGUGUCCAGUGCCUCUGUGUUCAAGCAGCGUGCCCAAAUCCUGAUGAGGCAGCAAAUGGAUGACACCGUCUACACUUUUGAGACGCUUCUCCAUCAGGAGCUGGGAAAGUCGUUGAGCAAAGAUGAAUUGUGCAAGACAAUUCAACGCAUCCUGGAGCGGGUGCUCAAGAAAUACGAUUACGACAGCAGCACGGUGCGGAAGAAAUUUUUCCGAGAAGCUCUGCUGCAGGUCACCGUGCCUUUCCUGCUGAAGAAGCUGGCUCCCACUUGCAAAGGGGACCUCUCAAGAUUCCAGGAGCUGAUUUUUGAGGAUUUUGCCCGCUUCAUCCUGGUGGAAAACACGUACGAAGAGGUGGUCCUCCAGUCUGUGAUGAAAGAUAUCAUGAUGGCCGUGAAAGAGGCUGCUGUCCAGCGGAAGCACAACCUGUACCGCGACAGCAUUGUGAUGCACAACAGCGACCCCAACCUCCACCUGCUUGGCGAGGAGACGCCCAUCAACUGGGGGGAGGAGUUCGCCAGCGAAUCAGACACAGACCCCCUGGACGAGAAGCACCAUCGGGCCAAGCAGGUCGUCUCCGUGAUACACAUGGAUGAAAGUGCUCUGCCUUAUGAUGAAGUGGGUUCUUUGGAAAGAUCUCCAGAUGGUUCGGAAGCAGAGAAGUCCGACCGUUGUCCUAGUCUUCAGACAGAGGAUUCCUCAGACGGUGUGAAGGAGGUCCGUAUGUUGCUGGUGAAACAGCUGGAAAUCCCAGCUGUGGAUGGAGAUAAGGCUGAGGAACAAUUAAGCAAUGGUACUAUUACUCAAGAGAGCAGAGGAAUCCCGGAGCCCAGGAAGGAGGAAGAGGAGGAGACCUCUCAAACAGAAGAUGGCUCUCCUACGGAAUCCUCCACCGAGCUCGAUCGAGAGAAACAGGAAGCCCCAGAACCUUCUCCAGCUGCCCCCACGCCAACCCCAGCUCCAGAUGGAGGAGUCCAAGCAGAAUGCCCGGAGCCCAGCAAUAAAGAGACAGGCGAGGAAGAGCUCUCUGUCCAAGACGCCAAGGCAGAAGCAGAAAUCCCCCUGGAGAACAGCCACAAGGUCACAGAUGAAAGCGAAGGGGUGCAAACGCAGUUCUAGAUCGGCCUCCCCCCCUGGAAGAGAAUUCCUCGUGGCCAGAUAAACACGGAAGGGGGAGACCAGAACUGGGGACCCUGUGGGAUGGGAAGGACCAAGGCAAGUCGAUCCAAGGCGGGCAUAGGAACACCUCCAACUUGAGGUGCAUUUGAUUCUUCUGGAGAACUUCUGCCUUUGGAGGAGGGGGAGGGAAGGAAUGGCAAGGCAGGAACCCCAGAACGUACAUUUUACAUCUUUUGGGUCCUGGGUGAUUUUCCUAGUCUUGAACUGGAGUGUUUCCCACACACACAACCACACACUAGUUCUCCUGAUGGUUGUAUUGGAUGUUCUGGAGAAGGGACUUCAUUCAUCUUCGAUGCCUUAACAAGUGCCUGGAGCGUUGAAACGCAGAGAGAAGCCAUUAGGUUUCUCCCUCUUGAUCUGGUACUAAUUUUGACUUUUUGACCCAUAACUUGGUUUGAUGGUCCCGUCCCUUUGUCUUCUUCCAACCGUUGAUGGUAGAAGACUCUUCCUCCUGGUGAGGAGGUCCUCUCUUCCCCUCACCCAGUGCUCAUGCUUAGAAACGGUUAUCUCUUUAAUUUGUCCUUUUCUGGACCUCCUGUUCUAGAUGUUUCUAGCACUAAAAUUGCUGUCGGGCGUUGGUCCAAUUGCGUUCUUGCCCCCCGCGGCAUCCAUCUCGGUCCAAAGUUACGCAAAGAUGGAGUUAUACCCCAGUUUCAGGAGAAAGUAAGUAGGAACAUGCAGACUUUUUAGAAACAUGUGGAUGUAGGCUAGAGAAAGGGUGUGUGUAUUGUCGAAGGCUUGCUGGUUUUGAACCAGAAUGGCAAGAGUUGACGGAUACGUCAAGACUGCUAUAGGAAUUUAAGUAAGUGGGAACUGCUGGCCGAGGAUGUUAUGUCUUAACUGGUCAGUCAAGGAUGUUCCAU